AUGGAGAAUUGGAGUCUUGCUUCAUUGUGUGUUUUACUUGCUAUAACGACCAGAUGGGCAGUAUCUUUCAACUCUUACUCAGGUGCUGGUAAACCACCCAUGUUUGGCGAUUAUGAAGCACAGAGGCACUGGCAAGAAGUGACGUACAAUCUUCCUGUUCAUCAGUGGUAUUUCAACACUACAGACAAUGACCUGAACUACUGGGGUCUGGAUUAUCCCCCUCUCACAGCCUUCCACAGUCUUCUAUGUGCUCAUGUAGCAAAGCUGAUCAAUCCUGCUUGGGUGGAGUUACGUAGUUCCAGAGGAUUUGAAAGUGCUGCUCAUAAGUUGUUCAUGAGGGCCACAGUUCUGUUAGUAGAUGUGUUGAUAUACAUUCCAGCAGUGCUUCUAUAUUCCUUCUACCUCACUGAUGGAUCCCCGAAAAAGAAGGCUGCCACGGCCCUGUGCAUCCUGCUGUAUCCUGGACUUAUCCUAAUCGACUUUGGCCAUUUUCAAUAUAACAGCGUGAGUCUGGGUUUAUCACUGUGGGGUGUCGUGGGACUCGGUCUGGGCUGGGACCUGCUCGGGUCUUUGGCCUUCACUUUGGCGCUCAACUACAAGCAGAUGGAGCUCUACCACGCCCUGCCUUUCUUCUGCUACCUUCUGGGGAAGUGCAUCAAACAGGGCCUAAUGGGAAGAGGACUGGUUUUGCUGGUGAAGAUCGCACUGACCGUGCUAGUGACUUUUGCCCUCUGCUGGUUGCCUUUCCUGUCGGACCCGCAGCAGAUACUGCAGGUUCUGCAUCGCUUGUUUCCAGUUGAUCGAGGUCUGUUCGAGGAUAAAGUGGCUAACACAUGGUGCAGCUUGAACGUGCUGAUAAAGAUCAAGAGCCUGCUGUCCCGGGAUACUCAGCUGCUCCUCAGUUUUGCCUUGACGCUCCUGUUCAUCCUGCCUUCAUCCAUUAAACUGUUGAUCAGACCGACUCUAUGGCAGUUCAAGCUGGCUUUGGUGAACUCCUCGCUGGCUUUCUUCCUCUUCUCCUUUCAAGUCCAUGAGAAGUCCAUCCUGUUGCCGGCCUUGCCAGUGUGCCUUCUGAUGAGUGAACUUCCACUAAUGGCCACUUGGUUCCUGAUGACCUCCACCUUCAGCAUGCUUCCCCUCCUGCUGAAGGACGGUUUGUUCCUGCCGUACGUGGUGACCUCUCUGGCCUUCCUCUACUUCAGUGUGUAUCUGCUCUCAGCUCCGGACAAAGGCUCUGAGGACGAGCUCAGUCUGGGUCCAGUCCACAAACUCACCAAGUGCUGCCUAUCCAAACACAACCUCAGCCUGCUGGUCAAGUGCACGUUUGGAGCCUCGUUGCUGGCAAUGGCUGGUUUGAGCUUCACCAGCGUGGCACUGGAUCCUCCGGCGAGGCUACCAGAUCUGUUUCCAGUCCUGGUCUCCGUUUUCUCUUUUGUCCAGUUCCUGGCCUCGCUGCUGUAUUUUAACCUGGUCCAGCUGACCGAGCCGGCUAACAAAAAGAGCCAAAAGAAAAACAACUGAGACGGAUUUUCCAGACGGUGGUUCUCUAAUAUGAACUGAAAAUGUAUUACGUUGGGAUGGAACGAGCCGAAAUUAGAAAAUGAAAUUAGCUCGUAAUAGACGGGUCGAGAAAGCCCCUUCGGCUGUUUUAAAGGUGACUAAAGAACGGAGGGAUGGUUUACCAGUGAUAACCAAGGGUGGUUAUUAAAUAAAUAUAAAUAAAAUAUACAAAGCACAUUGUGUAAGCUGUACAUAUAAAAAUAAUCCUGCCUACAGGGACCACAUUUGUUACCACACAUUUUCUACACAUUAAUAAAGGCUUUUUAUACAAAA